GUCUCCCAAGUGCUGGGAUUGCACGCCUGCGCCACCAUGCCCGGCUAAUGGUGUUUCUUUAAAUGUCGAAGAACUUCUAAUUGGUCUCCCAAAACGCACCAACUUACAUUAAUCUAUCUUCAGUCUGAGAACAUGGUAGCAUGGCCAGGAUGGACGAACCUAAGCGAGGCAGCCAGCCAGGGCGCAGGCGCAGCUGAUUAACAAGGGCCUGACACCGCAGAAUGGACGGAGCGGUAAGCUGAGCGAUGACACGCGUGUUAGGUGAUGAAAAUCUGAUGAGAGACCAAAUACAAACCUUUUCCUGUCAGGCUUCUCAUCUAUAAACCACUUCCUGGAGUUGGUGUUUAAAGGCUGGGGAGAGCUUUCCAGAGCGCAGGUGAGCAGCGCCCCCAGGGCCAUCCUCUCCCUCGGCCAGCCACGAACGCCGGCCUGACGUCAGCAGAGCGUGACGUCAUCGACGCUGACGCAAGUUCACGGGGUGGGGCCUCGCCGCUCCCCUCAGAACGCCGUCAGCUCCCGCGAGCCACGAGUUGGCCGCCGCCCGUUUUCGCGGGAGGCUCGGACAGUCAGGGCAGCGGAGGCCGGAGCGCUGCGGGAGUCCAGGAGCUGCGGCCUUCUUCCUUCGGGCCCUACUCGUCUCCUGUGAGGCCUAGCUGUGGCCCCAGCGCCGCCGCUCGGCGCGGUGACGCGCACGCAAGCUGGGGCGCGCGCCCGUUCCCUGAGAACCCGGAAGUGCGAGGGAGAGCGGAGCCACGUGGGUCGAGCUGGAGCGCAGCUCGCAUGGGGGAAUCUAUCCCGCUGGCCGCCCCGGUCCCCGUGGAACAGGCGGUGCUGGAGACGUUCUUCUCUCACCUGGGUAUCUUCUCUUACGACAAGGCCAAGGACAAUGUGGAGAAGGAACGAGAAGCCAACAAGAGCGCGGGGGCCAGCUGGCUCUCGCUGCUGGCGGCCUUGGCGCACCUGGCCGCGGCCGAGAAGGUCUAUCACAGCCUCACCUACCUGGGGCAGAAACUAGGGGGCCAGUCUUUCUUUAGCAGAAAGGAUUCCAUCCGCACCAUCUAUACGUCCCUGCAUAAUGAGCUGAAGAAAGUGGUGACCGGCCGCGGAGCCCUGGGUGGGACUGCUCCUCACGUGGAAGAACUCCUCUCCCACUUAUCAGAGCAGCUCUGCUUCUUUGUUCAGGCUCGGAUGGAGAUCGCAGACUUUUAUGAGAAGAUGUACACCCUCAGUACACAGAAGUUCAUCAAUGCUGAAGAGCUUGUGGGACUUUUGGACACUAUCCUCAAGAAGUACAGCUCCAGAUUCCAUCACCCAAUCCUCAGUCCUUUGGAGAGCAGUUUCCAGCUGGAAGUCGAUGUCUUAAGUCAUCUCCUCAAGGCCCAGGCUCAGGUCUCCGAGUGGAAGUUUCUCCCUUCCCUGGUGAACUUGCACAGUGCUCACACCAAGUUGCAGACCUGGGGCCAAAUCUUUGAAAAGCAGCGAGAGACCAAGAAGCAUCUGUUUGGAGGACAAUCACAGAAGGCUGUUCAACCCCCACACCUUUUCCUUUGGCUGAUGAAACUCAAAAACAUGCUCUUGGCCAAGUUUAGCUUUUACUUUCAUGAGGCACUGAGCCGACAAACUACUGCUUCAGAAAUGAAAGCGUUGACUGCAAAAGCUAACCCAGACCUUUUUGGAAAGAUUUCCAGCUUCAUCAGGAAAUACGAUGCUGCCAAUGUGUCCUUAAUUUUUGACAACCAAGGUUCAGAGAGUUUUCAAGGUCAUGGCUAUCAUCACCCCCAUUCCUACAGAGAGGCCCCUAAGGGCGUGGACCAGUAUCCAGCUGUGGUGUCUCUGCCCAGCGAUAGGCCUGUCAUGCACUGGCCUAAUGUCAUCAUGAUCAUGACAGACCGCACCUCUGACCUGAAUAGCUUGGAGAAAGUGGUCCACUUCUAUGAUGACAAAGUUCAGAGCACCUACUUCCUAACCCGCCCAGAACCUCACUUUACUAUUGUGGUCAUUUUUGAGUCAAAGAAAUCUGAGAGAGAUUCCCACUUCAUUUCUUUCCUCAAUGAGCUCUCACUUGCUCUAAAGAAUCCCAAAGUUUUUGCAAGUCUAAAACCUGGAUCCAAAGGUUAGCAGAUGACUUGUGUGAAAGAUUCUUAAGACUAGAAAUUGUUGUUUUUAAUUACUGUGAUAUCUACAGUGGUCUGUGACUAGAAUUUAUAUCCAUUCAUGCUUAUUUCAGAGCUAAAUUAAAAACAAAUCCUUCCUAAUUGUGUUGCACACUAUAAGUAAUUAAGGCCAAUUGAGUUAAAUAUCCAAAGAGUAAUCUAGGAAAUGAUCAUGGGUUGUUGUGUGUAUGCAUGGGAGAGCAACAUAGUUUUGGUAUUUUUUCUAUAUUUCAUUAAGAUUCUGUGUAGUAGUCUUUGAUUUUUACUUCCAGAUGUCUUUAUUAUUCUAAAUAUUAUGUUUCAAUGCAUUUCCAAAUAUCCCUCUCUUCUUCCCUUUCCUGGAAGAGUAAUUGGGAUAAGACAUUAAAUGAGUAUGCUCUGUGUCUCAUAAAUUAGCCAAUCAACCAGGAGCUUUUUAAUUCUGGUAUACAAAUUAAUAUUUUGGUGUCACAGGCUCUUUGUAAGAAAUACCUAUUAGUUACUGAAGUUAAAGGUAGGUGAGUGGUACCAUAAUGUCAACUUGUAAACAUUGAAAGAACUUCAUGCAGCUUCAAUGGUUGUAGGUUCUUUUAGAGUAAAAGAACUAAUACAUGUGUCUACUGUUACAAGGUUUGAGUUUUUCAGUAUCUGCAUUCUUUAGUGUAUUAUCUCGUUUACUUUUUGUUUAUCCCUCCCCUGCUGAAAUUAUGUUCAUGUUUGGUUCCACUGGCUAUUUUUAGGCUUACAAAGCAUUUAGUCUUGGUUUUUCAGCCACUUGUAGUUUGUCACACAACAGAGCCUGCUUUUAUAAAAUCAAAAUGAAGGUCUUUUGAUACCUAGCACUUACUAAAAAUCAGUUGUGCUUUGAAAAGACCUCUUUGCAGCUGAGUAAUCAACUCAGUACCUAUGCACUUUUGAACUUGGGUUUCAUGUUUGCCUCUUACAAAUUAUGCUCAUAAGCAGUGCUGCACCUUAGCCUGCCUUAUCAUUUUGCUCUGGUAGGUGUUCAUGGGAAAGUAGGUACAUCAGUGAAGGAACAAUACAUUGUGGGACUUUCACUUCUUUUACUGGUCAGAGUAUCACAAGAAUAUCUGGAUUGUUCCUGCUUGAUGGUUCCUUCAAAGCUUGUGUGAAAUGUAAAGGUCAGAUCAGUCUUGUCUUUCAAGAUCCCGCAGAGCCAUUGUUCAGGCAUCCAAAGUAGGCACAGGAGGGCUAUCCGCAGAGCUGAGACCAAGUGUGGGAGGCCUGCCCUCUUCACCUAGACUACCUGUCCACAAACCCACUGGCCUCUUUUCUGGGGAGAAUGUGUUUUUCUUUUUUUUUUAUUUCUCAUUCUCUCUUUUCAUCAUAUUAUUUGUAAAAAGCCAGUUUUACUUUGAUUGUAAUGUUUACCUCUACAUUGUAUUCACUGAAGUUUUAUAAAAAUAUGAAUAGAUUUUUACAUUAAUCUAAUAUAAAAUUGAAAGCAGUUGGAACUGGAGAGUCAAGUAGUUUUUCCUCCUUUUUGUGUUUGUCAAGAAACUGAAAAUGUUCCUUGGUGUGCAUGUAUCUUUGUUUCCUAGGUAAACCACCGUUAGCCUUAAUGAUAGAGUCCCCAUGUAACUAAAAAAAUAUAUGUUUCAAUAGAGCACAGAGAGAAGUGUAAAUAAAACCUAUAUACAAUACUUAAGUAGACAAAUAUAUACAUAUUUGAAUUGUAUAUUUAUUUUAAAUGUAUUUUUAAACAAACAAGAGUUUACAACAGACAGAAGGUAGAUAUAACUAUUAAAAUCUAAGAAUAUAAAUUCACAAGUCACUGCAGCUGUCUUAGACUGUAUUGAUGGAGCCUUUGAAGAUUAAAUAUUGAUACUUUAAUCAUUUGUUAAGCUCUUCAAUAAAGUUUUCUAAUUAUAUUAAAAAGACGUAUUUUGGUUCAAACACAAAGCCAUUUUUAUUCUAAGAUUUAUCCUCUGAACAGUAAUGAGAUGAUGUGUAAUCCCUGUGUUUAACUAAUUUGAAGAGUAAAUCUGUACAUUUUUUACA